CGGGAAUUACGAUGUAACCCAAUGAGACAAACCAGGACCUAUUACUAUUUAGACUUGGAAACUGACUCUUCCUUUUGCUUUCUCUUCCGAGCCUCGACUCUUGACUACCGCUAGUAGUAGUAUAGUCCCUGCUUCCCUCUGUUCGUGGGUUGUCGCCCGGAGGCUCGGCUCCUCUCGGCACCAGGCUUCCUCUACUCCACUUGGGAGGCAGCUUCACUCCAUGCAUAUUUGAGAAACUGGCAAGGGUUUGGCAAUGGGGAAGACAGUGCAGGUGUAUGGAUUCCCCUCUGGUGUUACUGCUGAAACAGCUAAAAGUUGCCUCGAAAGGCAUACAGGUGAAGGUACCAUUGAGGCCCUUAAGAUGAGGCAGGGGAAGAAUGGUCCGAGAUCAUAUGCUAUAGUUCAAUUCACAACCGUUGAAAAGGCUGAAUAUGUUAUCUCGCGAAGCAGACAACUUUAUUAUGGUACUUCGUAUCUACAAGUCCGAGCCAUGGAUCUCGAUGUUAUACCAAAACCGAGGACGUUUCUUCAUGUCAUUGAAGGUGUAGUGCUGCACUUCGGAUGUCAAACAUCGAAGGAGAGGUUCUCCGACCUCUGGCGUGCAACUGAUGUUUUGACAAAAUUCGGACAUGGGAUGAGGAAGCUGCAUUUCUGGCUCUCUCAUCAUGGAACUGCUUACAAGCUUGAUCUCUCGUAUGAGAACAUAUGGCAGAUUGAACUACACCGUCCACCAGGUCAAUCUGUGAAGUAUCUUGUGUUUCAGUUGUUUGGUGCACCUCGUAUUUUUGAGAAAGAUAUGCGCAUGUCAUAUAAUUCAUUCGAUGGUCCUCUUUGGAAUUUCUUCAAGGACGGUUCUGAUGAUCAAUGGAUUAGGACAACUGAUUUCACACCAUCUUGCCGCAUUGGACAUGCCUCUUCGCUAUGCUUGGAGGUUCCUCGUGAUUUUAGGCUUCCGGAUCUAGCAGAGAACUUUGCAUAUUAUAAAAGUAGUAACGGGAAGUUUGUUUUAGAGAAUGGCAAUCCCUUUUCUCAGAAUCCGAGCCUUGUUCCAAUUGUUGGUCCUCCCCUGAAUGUUGAUUUACCUUUUGAGAUUUUGUUCAAAGUCAAUAUACUUCUUCAGAAUGGAUGCCUGCCCGGGCCCGCACUUGAUGCUGACUUCUACAAGUUGGUUGAUCCGCGACGAGUUCCAAUUGUCUGGAUAGAGCAUGCCCUUGAGAAACUCUAUUACUUGAAGGAAUGCUGCUAUGAACCUUCAAGGUGGCUUCAAGAUCAGUACGUAAACAAUCGUGCAUCUCGGAACCCUCUAAGGUCCCCAGCCAUAUCACUUGAUGAUGGUUUGGUGUAUACGCACAGAAUUCAGAUAACUCCUUGCAAAGUCUACUUUGCAGGGCCUGAGGUUAAUGUCUCAAAUCGUGUGCUGCGCCACUUUCCAGAGGACAUCAAGAACUUCAUUCGUGUUUCCUUUGUGGAUGAAGAGUUGGAUAAUAUUUUUUCCACUGAUGUGGCCCCACGUGGAUAUUCUGUGCAGGAUGCUAAGAAGAGAGGAAUAUAUAACAGGAUUCUUUCUACCCUUCACAAUGGUGUAGUAAUUGGAGGGAGAAAAUUUGAGUUCCUUGCUUUCUCAGCUAGUCAGCUGCGGGAGAACUCUUGUUGGAUGUUUGCUGCAAGAGACGGCCUAACUGCUAAUGAUAUAAGGGAAUGGAUGGGGGAUUUCCGUCAGAUAAGAAACGUGGCCAAGUAUGCAGCCAGGCUGGGCCAAUCCUUCAGUUCCUCCACCGAAACACUAAGUGUUAGUGCAGAUGAAGUUGACAUAAUUCCGGACAUAGAGGUGAAAAGUGGGAAAACUAAAUAUGUAUUUUCAGAUGGAAUAGGGAAGAUAUCUGCUCAAUUUGCUAGGCGAGUUGCAGCAAAAUGUAGCUCUUGCAAGGGUUCUGUCCCAUCAGCAUUUCAGAUUCGCUAUGGUGGGUAUAAAGGCGUUGUAGCAGUGGAUCCAACUUCAACGAAGAAACUGUCAUUGAGAAAGAGCAUGUACAAAUAUGCGUCCGAGAACAUAAAGUUGGACGUUCUUGCUUAUAGCAAGUAUCAACCUUGUUUCAUGAACCGCCAGGUUAUCACUCUUCUCUCCACUCUCGGCGUUCCGGAUCAUAUUUUUGAAAAGAAGCAGAAAGAAGCGGUGGAUCAACUUGAUGCAAUUUUAACUGACCCAUCUGCAGCACUGGAAUCUUUGGACUUGAUGCCUCUUGGAGAAACAACCAAUGUACUGAAGGAAAUGUUGUUGUGUGGUUAUAGACCUGAUGACGAACCUUUUCUUUCCAUGAUGCUCCAAACUUUCCGGGCAUCUAAGUUGCUUGAUUUACGAACAAAAACAAGGGUAUUUCUUCCAAAAGCAAGAUCUAUGAUGGGUUGUCUUGAUGAAUCAAGAACCCUGGAGUACGGUCAGGUCUUUGUGCAGUUUUCUGACUUUGGGAAUGAUCAGUUUUCGAAAAGUAGUGUAUCUAGACGCUGUGUGCUUAAGGGGAACAUUGUGGUGGCUAAGAAUCCAUGCUUGCACCCAGGUGACGUGCGUAUAUUAAGGGCUGUAGAUGUACCAGCAUUGCACCAUAUGGUGGAUUGUGUUGUUUUCCCACAAAAAGGGGAUAGGCCGCAUCCAAACGAAUGUUCUGGAAGUGAUUUGGAUGGCGACAUCUACUUUGUUUGUUGGGACUCUGAACUGAUCCCUCCUAAGCAAAUCCCACCGAUGGACUAUACCCCUCAACCAACUGUGCAGCUGGAUCAUGAUGUUACAAUUGAGGAAGUUGAGGAGUAUUUCACCAAUUACAUAGUGAACGACAGCUUAGGAAUCAUUGCGAAUGCUCACAUUGUCUUUGCUGAUAAGGAACCUCUGAAAGCCAUGAGCGAACCAUGCAUAGAGCUAGCACAUCAGUUUUCAAUUGCCGUCGACUUCAACAAAACUGGAAUUCCAGCAGUGAUACCUUCUCAUCUCCGUGUCAAAGAGUAUCCAGACUUCAUGGAAAAGCCUGACAAAUCAACAUACCUAUCCCACAACGUCAUUGGGAAGCUUUUUCGAGAAGUGAAAGACAUUGCUCCUCACACCAGCUGUGUCAAGUCCUUUACUCUGGAAGUGGCACGCCAGUGUUAUGACCCUGAUUUGGAAGUGGACGGGUAUGAAGCCUACUUGGCCGAUGCCUUCUACUAUAAGAGCAAUUACGACUACAAGUUGGGCAACCAGAUGGACUACUACGGGAUCAAAACAGAGGCCGAAAUACUAAGUGGGAAUAUCAUGAAACUAUCCAAAUCUUUCACCAAGAGAAGGGAUUCCGAGGCAAUAGGGAUGGCUGUAAGGGCCUUGAAGAAAGAGGCCAGGUCGUGGUUCAAUGAGAAAGGAAGCAAUUUGGAUUCUGAAGAUGAUGAUGUGUACGCAAAAGCCUCGGCUUGGUACCAUGUUACUUACCAUCCAAGUUACUGGGGGGUAUACAAUGAGGGGAUGAACCGGCCUCAUUUCUUGAGUUUCCCCUGGUGUGUGUAUGACAAGCUGAUCCAUAUAAAGAAGAAGAAGGUCGCUAGAAGGAAGGUGCUGGAAAAGCUGGAAUACCAGCUACAACAUGGUCUGCGAUUGUGAGCAGCAUUCUGGUUAGAAAACCAGAGGAGAGGAGGGUUUUCAUCUGUGUAUAUUCGGGAUAGAUGGCGGGUUAGAGGGUUGUGAAGGAAAUGUCUUUUUGUGGGGUAGUCCAAACUCCAAAGCCUGGAUAGACCUUGGAAGGUUUCUCAUGUUUUGCUUGGCCUUUGGAUGUUAUUAUAUCAGCAAUUUCAGGUAUGUAGAUAUACGCAGGCUGCCUAGGGUAACAUGGCUCUACGAACUGUUUGAUAUUUGUCCAGCUUAUUUUGAAAUCUAUGCAAAGUUGAUGCAGAGUUCGUAUCUGUAAAAUAACCAAGUAAAGUAGAUGAAACUUGACUUCAUCCUUUGUACAAUUACAAGAGCAACUGCAAAUGGACACACAAAGUAGAACCUUUAACAUUUCAACUCAGAAGAAUCAGAACCAUGUCUGCAACGAUUUGUCCAUGGAAAGAUCAUCCGUGUCUUCCUGGUCUGGAAUUGCUUCGACGAGGCAGGUACCCGUGCAUCAUUAAGAUUCGAUCUGGAGAAGUUCGUGAGGGAUGAGUGGAUUGGAACCCGGAAGAGUACUGAAUGAACAGGGCAGCCAGCAAUGUAACAAUGGAGAGUACGAUGUUCCUCAAACCAGUGGCCAUUGUUUCUUAUCUUUGACUUUGCUG